AUGACUACCGUCAUUGAUGUAUCUGGUCCUCGUGGAGCUGACGGACUAAAUGGAAGACAUGCAACAAUCUAUAGUGGUGGACUAAAAGACGGUAACCAUGGAAGUGAUGCAACAAAACCGACUAGGGGUGCAGAUGCCGGAGAUAUCGAAUUGGAAAUAACCGAAAAUGAUAGUAUUAAUGGUGCCUCAAUUGAAUUUUCGGGAAAAUAUCGUACACCAGGAUAUGUAGUUUAUGACUAUCAAAAAACCUUUUCAUGCAAGAAUGUUAACGUAUAUAUAUUAAGAGGUAAUGGUGCCGAGGGUGAUCCAGGAUUGGAUGCCACUCGAUGGCGCAAUGGAGAAAAUGGAGGAAUGGGUGGUGAUGGUGGUAAUGCAGGUGCCGGAACUAGUGGUGCCGAUGGUGGAAGAGGUGGCUCUAUUACUUUGCACAUGAAUGAUACUGACUCUGGAUUGCUAAUGUUAUUUGUGACUGCAUGGACUCCAAGUAUUUCUUACAGUUUAGAUGUAAAUGGAGGAAUGGGAGGAAAUGCUGGUCGCCAUGGAAUACCAGGUAGUGGAGGCCCAGGUGGUCGUGGUGGCAGAAGUUAUUCAUGGUCAGAAUCUCACUAUAACAGUCGUGGAGAUCGAAUAACUCAUUAUUAUACUAAUCCAGGUGGCUCUUCAGGCCCUUUUGGUAAUGAUGGGCUACGUCCAAGAUUUACUCUUUAUAAAGGUACACCAGGAAAUAAUGGAAUCCUCCGAUUUUUGAUUAAAGACAGUGUUACAAACUAUGUUACAGAAUACAGCAAAAUUUAUGAUAUACGUUUGCAAGGUGUUAUUACUCACUCUGCCACAGGAGCUUAUGAACCAGAUGCUAAAAUUAUUAUAGAUUCUAUAACGGUUUACAAUAAAUCUAAAACGCCCACACCAAGACGGGAUAUCCGCGUUAAUAUUAAUGAUGCAAAAUGGAUUCACAACCAAAAGUUAAAGGAGCAUAUCUUAUUACCACAAAGGAUUGAUAAACUUACCUUAAAAGAAGUUAAUUGUAAUCAACCUUUUUCAUUUCUUCUUGGAGGACAUAUAGUAGAUAAGCCAGGUCCACCUCUUCGAGCCACUGAUCAAUUAUAUUUGACAGCAACAAUGACUGGAAUUGAAAGGAUAUUUCCUGCCUUCAAUAUCAAUGGUUAUUCUAUCAAUAUUCAAUUUCCUAUUGAACUCACUCGUGUUUCACACAUGAAUUCUAUGGUUGUUGGUCAUGUAGCUAAAGUUAUAUGGGAAGUGAAAAAUACAUCCAAAGUGGAUUUUGGUGCUCAAGCAAAAAAUAAACGUCUUAUCCGUGUUAGAUUGGGUAAAAUUAGUGGUGAAGUUUCACCAUCUGCCUUAAAAUUUGGGUUGAAAUCAGAUCAGAAAGGU